UAUUUUGUGUGAGGGCAAAAACCUCUUGUAGAGUUUGCAGACCUCACCAUCCCUCCUUCCUGCGGUCUUUAGUGUAGCCCCAUCUGGUCCACAGCUGAAAACCAUUAAGUCCCGCUGGAACUUCCUGCUCUCUGUUCCACGGCAGUUUAAGGACAAGUGGUGGAUUGGCAGACGGUCAGGAGGGACUUCAGUGACGCACAUUUUCCAUUAUGAACCGCGCUUUCAACAGGAAGAAAGAUAAGUCGUGGAUGCACACCCCAGAAGCUCUGGCCAAGCACUACAUAGCCUACAAUGCCAAGUUCCUUGGAAACACAGAGGUUGAAGCCCCUAAAGGCACAGAGGUUGUGAAGGAUGCAGUGAGGAAACUGAAGUUUCAGAGGCACAUCAAGAAGUCAGAGGGCCAGAAGAUCCCAAAAGUGGAGCUUCAGAUCUCCAUCUAUGGAGUCAAAAUUCUUGAUCCUAAAACAAAAGAUGUGCAGCAUAACUGUCAGUUACACAGGAUAUCCUUCUGUGCAGACGACAAGACGGAUAAAAGGAUAUUCACUUUUAUCUGCAAAGACUCCGAGUCCAACAAGCACCUCUGCUACGUGUUCGACAGUGAAAAAUGUGUACGUGCGGAGGAGAUCACUCUAACCAUCGGGCAGGCCUUCGACUUGGCCUACAAGAAGUUUCUGGAGUCUGGAGGGAAAGACGUGGAGACGAGGAAGCAGAUCGGGGGGCUGCAGAAAAGAAUUCAGGAACUGGAAACAGAAAAUUCUGAGCUGAAGAAACAACUUCAAGAGCUAGAGGAGCAGCUGAUGAUAGCUCAUGUCCCACCACCGCUGCACGUGGACGCAGCAAACGAAGCGCACAUGCUGCAGAGGCCCUCCUCUCUCUUCUGGUUUCACAGCUUCACGUCGCUGUCCUGUCUGGAGAUCUCCUCCGUCACGCUCACUCCUAUGAGCUCUCCGGAUUCCAACGUUUCCACUGGGCUACUAACUCCUCCGCCUGCUAAACCCACUGUCUCUCCUCCUAAAGCGACCGAGGGAUUCAGCAUCCCACGGCCUCGUGCUGAGAGCAUCUCCAUGAAACUACAGUCCACAGACGUUUUUGACAUGGUUCCUUUUUCUCCCGUUACACCGCUGGUACCGACCAAGGCCAGCAAUGGCUGCCCUCCUCCUCCUCCAACCACCCUGCCUCCAGACAUGAGCAAAGAUUUGUUCGGAGCUGAGCCGUUUGAUCCGUUCACCUGUGGGGCGGCCGACUUCCCUCCAGAUAUCCAGUCAAAGUUGGAUGAGAUGCAGCGUCAGAGAUGGAGGGGUUCAAAAUGGGACUAACCUUAGAGGGAACCGUCUUCUCUCUGGACCCGCUUGACAGCCGCUGCUGAUGCCGAGUAGACGUCCCUUCGAGGCAGAUCUGUAACUCGUUUGUAUGAAAAAGUGCCAAAAUCCACUCCAUGGUCGAGAUGUCACACCCGUCAUCUUGGGGUUUAUAUGCAUUUGCAUUUAGAUUGGUUUUUCGAUAUUUCAACGUAAACUUGGAUCCAUUAUAGUAAAGAGCUAUUUUUGUAUGAACAAAGAAGAGAAACACUUAUAGAACGAGAUGUUUUGAGUACCUUUGCUUGCUCACGCAAGAUGUAAAUAUUCAGAUAUGUCCAAUGGUACACUCUGUGGCAGAGUUUUCAUAUCUGUGUGAAUUCUGUGAUGGUGACACAUUCCUGUUUAUAUGGCGAAUACAAGCUGACAAGCAAAAUAAAUGUACCAUUAACUCCAAUGUUCAGCUUCACUGUAACAUCGGCUAAUUGGUUUACGUCGCCUCAUUCCUUUUGAUAUCGAUUACUACUCCAGACUUAUUUUUUUAACCCACUGACUCGUCAACAUGUUUUGUUUUUAUCAGAAUUUUACACUUUUGUGGGGGGUUUUUUCUCCCAAACUCUGUAAUUAUCAUAUUUUCCUUCUCCUGUGUUGUUCCUGUCCAUGCUGAAUUAUUCCAGUUAUUUACUUUUGGUUACUUUGUCGUUAUUAAAGAAAUAUCUGAUGAAAAAAAAA